GAUAUAAAUGCAAGUUAAUUGAUAAUGUACUACACAUGUGCUGCACAUUUAUGUGCACUUUAUCUGUGCAUAAAUCAAACCUAAAGAACCGUCGCAGGAAAGACAACACUAUUCUAUUCUGUUCUAUUCUAUUCAUAUAGAAUAGAAUAUCCAUUUGGUUGUGUUUUAAACUUUACCGACUGAUCAUAAAAGCACGCAUGAUGGAUAUGUGGCUCAUUUUACAAUCAGAACCUCCCGUGCGUUUUUUGGGGAUAAUCUUACGGAUUCCUCUAUGCAAGAAAGAGACUAUUUAGCCGUAUUCAAAUAACAGUUAAUAAGAACACGUCAAAGCUUCAGCAUAUUCCUUCAUCUGUUGACUGUGGAGGCUAGGAGGAGGGAUCUAAAGAGCAAGGUCUUAAGUAGAAGAAGCCCAUAGCUCAAAGACAACCUUGGCAAGCGAAACUAUUUUCACGAACCCAGGCACGCACGAGGUCGAGGCAGCGGUCACUUCUCGGGGCCUGCAUACUACAUUUCAUGAAUGUUGUUCCCAGGGUUCUCGAGCUGUGCCCAGCUGACAGGCUUUCAAAAAUGGCACAAUAACUGUUCCAGUGAUGCCUGACCAUGACAGCACAUCCCUCUUAAGCAGACAAACCAAGAGACGAAGAGUUGACAUAGGAGUGAAGAGGACUGUUGGGCAAACAUCUGUGGUUUUUACCCGCACAAAAGCAACCUUUUUUAGUGCCAUGAAUCCCCACGGUUCCGAUCAAGAUGUUGAGUGUUCAGUGGUGCAGCACGCAGACGGCGAGAAGUCCAACGUGCUUCGCAAGCUGUUGAAGAGGGCGAACUCUUACGAAGACGCUAUGAUGCCCUUUCCGGGGGCAACAAUCAUCUCCCAGCUCCUGAAAAACAAUUUGACCAAAAACGGAGGCAGUGAGCCUAAUUUCCAGGGAAGUGGCCUCUCGAGCACCGGUUCAGAGAUCCAGCAGGAGGAUGCUUGCAGCAACUCCUCGCGGGGCAGCCCUCAGGAGUGCCUUUCACCAUUCAACAGGCCCUCCAUGACCCAAUUUGAAAUGGAGAGGCUAACAGAUGAGCAUCUUAGGGCCAAACGAGCCCGGGUGGAAAACAUCAUCCGUGGGAUGAGCCAUUCUCCAAGCGUCACGCUCCGUGCUGGUGAUAACGAGCGUGAGGGGGCAGCCCAGCCCCCGAGUCCCCGUGAGAACUACCGGGAAAACAAGCGCAAGCAGAAACUGCCACAGCAGCAGCAGCAGAGUUUCCAGCAACUCGUCUCUGCCCGCAAAGAGCAGAAACACGAGGAGCGCCGGCAACUGAAGCUACAGCUGGAGGACAUGCAGAAGCAGCUCCGGCAACUGCAAGAGAAGUUCUACCAGAUUUACGACAGCACUGACUCUGAGAAUGAUGAAGAUGGAAACAUCUCUGAAGACAGCAUGCGUUCUGAUGGCAUGGACAAUCGUGCCCACGACUCGGUCCCAGAUCGCUCCGACAACGAGAUGUCUGACCUGGACCCGGGGCACUUCUUGGAUCGAGCACGCGCACUUAUUCGGGAGCAGAACAUGAUGGCGGAGGGGGACAAACCCAAGCGUGAUGGGUCACGAGGAAAGAGCCAGGGACCAACCUCCAUGCACGCAGAAGGCAAACAGCUAGCAGAGACGCUAAAACAAGAGCUCAAUACGGCAAUGUCCCAAGUUGUGGACACCGUGGUGAAGGUCUUUGCCAAGCCUCCACGCCCAGUUCCUCAGGUUUUCCCACCCCUGCAGAUGCCCCCUGAUCGUUUCGCAGUCAAUGGAGAAAACCCAAACUUCCAUACUGCCAACCAGCGCUUGCAAUGUUUCGGUGAUGUCAUCAUUCCUAACCCCCUGGACACUUUUGCUAGCAUGCAGGUGCACAACUCGAAUGACCAAACGGAGGCCCUGCCUUUGGUAGUGAGAAAGAACUCUUCAGAUCAGACUGGGUCUCUUCCCACACCCGGGAGUCACCACCACCAUUCCCUGCACCCCUCACCAUUAUCUUCCGCAAUGGGCUUUAGUCCUCCCUCUUUCCGCCAUCCUUUCCCCCUUCCUCUAAUGGGCUACCCUUUCCAGAGCCCCUUAGGUGGCCCAACAGGGCAUUACCCAGGAAAGGAUAGGUCUUCUCCCGAGUCUCUGGAUUUGUCCAGAGAGACCACCAGCCUGCGGACCAAGAUGUCGUCCAACCACCUCAGCCACCAUCGUUCCAUGUCACCAACACACCCAGGGAAUGAAGGCUUGUCCUUGUCCCUCAUCAAGUCUGAGUGCGGAGACCUCCAGGACAUGUCUGACAUCUCCCCAUAUUCAGGAAGUACAAUCCAAGAGGGGCUUUCUCCGAACCAUCUGAAGAAGGCCAAGCUGAUGUUCUUCUACACACGCUACCCCAGCUCCAACAUGCUGAAGAUGUUCUUCUCAGACGUGAAGUUCAACCGCUGCAUCACAUCACAGCUGAUCAAGUGGUUCAGUAACUUCCGUGAGUUUUACUACAUCCAGAUGGAGAAAUUUGCUCGGCAGUCCAUCAACGACGGCGUGACAGGGGUAGAAGAGCUGAGCGUGAGCCGGGACUGCGAGCUUUUCCGCGCUCUCAACAUGCACUACAACAAGGCCAACGACUUUGAGGUUCCGGAGCGAUUCCUGGAAGUGGCACAGAUCACGUUACGGGAGUUUUUCAAUGCCAUUGUGGCAGGCAAAGAUGUUGAUCCUUCCUGGAAGAAGGCCAUAUACAAGGUCAUCUGCAAGCUGGACAGUGAGGUCCCAGAGAUUUUCAAAUCUCCCAAUUGUCUGCAGGAGCUUCUGCAUGAGUAGUGAUUUGAAUUGCUUACCAAGUACCAUCCCUUCUUUUCAAGAAAUCUUUACAAAGUAAGAGGUAGCAUUCCUAUUUUUAAGUCCCGGCUACUUUUGAAUGACUUAGCUGUUCAUUUUUUUUUUUUUUUUUGUGCAUCUUUUUUGGAAAGUCUAUAAAAUUCUUGAUUGUUUUGACUGUAUUCAAUCCUUACCCAAUUUUCCUUGCCUUUAAAAUGGGCAUUACUAUGUUUACCACUCAAUGGUUAACACAUGGAACUGACACCCUGAAUUUCUCUUUUAUUGGUCAUUUUUUUUUUUUUUUUUUUUUUUUGUUGAGGGCUUUGUUUUAUCCCAGGAUGUUUGCAAUGUGUGAUGGUUUUACUAUUGCUGAAUAAGACUUGCAUUUGUAGCUUGUAUAGAUGUAAUUAUUAUUUAUGAUUAAUAUAAUUAUUACCAUUAAUGUUAUUCAUGCUUGCUACAAAAAAAAAAAAAGAAGGAAAAGAAAGACAAAAAAAUUGACAUGUGGUAUUCUUGUUUCUCAUGGCAAAUGCUACAGAAAAUAAAUUAUUCUUUGGACAAAAAAAAAUAAUAAUAAUAAAGAGGGGUAUACAUUUUCUAUGUGGGAAAUUCAUAUAUAUAUAAUAUAAAUUUAUAUAUAUAUAUAUUUGAUGUUAUUCUUGAAAGAAACAGCAUUAACUGUUUUUUUUUUUUUUUUUUUUUUUUUUUUUUUUUUUUUGGUUUAGCCAUUCUUCCAUGUUGGCUAGGGUCCAAUGUUCUUGUGUUUUGUGUCCACAUUGAUAGCACUGGCUCUAGGGAGGGAGGCCUACUCGUAGGUUUUUUUUUUUCCUUGACAGAGCAGCCUCUCCUGUAACUAAGCAACAUGGCCAUUUCAUACUGGGGCAAGCCAGUUCGGCACAAAAAAAAAUGGACGCCUUCCCACUGAGAAACCAUUCUUGCUCAUAAAAAGCACACUGUCACAACUGCUCGCAUAAACACACACACACACACAUUACUCUCAUACAUAGACGCUAAUUCACAAACACAAACACGUGCCGUACGGCAUCAAGGCAAGAGAAUGGUUGUUAUUGUUCAUUUUCUCCACCUGCUAGCUGGGAACACCUCUAUAAUUGGACUGUAAAUUUGGUAGAUUAUCUCAAGUUUGGUUUACACAGUAGAGAUUUUGGCUGAGAAUAAUUAGCGAAAGUUUUUUUUUUUUGUUUUUUUCUUUGUACGUACUGGAUUGUACAUAGUUUAUUUGUUAGAAUUGUACAGAUUUGCUUAAUAUUCACAAUCAUCUGAUUAUGCUGUGGCAGUGUACAGUUUAUCAGUAGUGAAACCAUGUUAAAGAGAGACAUUGUUUGUUUGAGUUCAAUUGUACAUUUCUAUAUGAAUCAUAUGAAUUUCUUUGAGUUGCAUUUUAGCCUGCUAAGAGAUCCACGUCAAUGUAACUAAUCACGAAAAUUAGCCUACCCUAGAGAGAAAAAAAGCACAGUUUCUUCUCAAAUCCAUGUUGACAAAAGAAAAGAGGGCCUUCAGACUCUUUGUGCAUCCCUUCCUAGUUCAUAAAUAAGAGUCUGCAGUAGAGGGCAAGGGCUGGACAUGUGAUCUGCUCUGGAAGCCUGUGCCGUUUGCAUUGGGCAAAUCCAGCUGAUGAAUUGAAACGCAGGCCGGCAAUUAUUGUCAGCACAAUGCCUUAAAAAACCUGCUGACUUCUAGAUUAAUGGGCACAAAAGAGCAUGAGGUGCUGUCAUUCUGUCGCCAGGGCUGGCAUCAUCCACAGCCCCCGGACAACGCACAAAACGCCAAGCUAUUCACUAUGCAUUGUAAAGAAGAGGAAAAACAAACCCCAAAAACAAAGUUUGGCCCUGUUCUCUUCUCAAGUCUCUCGCAAGGCUGUGCUGACCUACGUUCUCCUUUACAUGCAUUGUGAUAAAUAAACGAUUCUUUCAAGUCGUAAGGAAUUCUGUUAUCUCUAUUGAUGCUUUGCAACAUUUUCAACCCUGCAAUAUUUUAAUUUGCGCAUAAACUGGUGCUUAGUCGAAUUCAUCUGCUCAUAAUCAUCUAUAAAAACAGGUAAAUAGUGUAUUUCACGCAUUUAAUGAAUCUGUGUCUAUUACACCAGCAAAUUAUUUUUGUUUUUUAAUAAAAGAAAAUAAUACCAUAAAAUGGCACAGAAAUGAUACGAUUUGACUUGUAAAUCCUAGCAACAUAGAUCGACCUGGAAAAACAAUAGCACGAAUUGAAAUUGAGGGUUAUAUUCUCCUUCUUUUUUUCUUUUUUUUUGGAAGAAAAUGCCCUCGGGUAACAAACUAAAGUCCAACUUUUACAGCCCAUUUGAUGAAGAACAAGUAUGACGCUUAGUUCCCCAUGAAUCUGAUGUACUUUGAGCCAUUUACCGUAGCACAGAGGCAAUACGUGUGCAUAGGUGUGUGUGCGUGCUUACUUGGGCAUGUGCGUGUUUGCAGGGAGUGUGUGAUAUACACGCAUGAUAGUACGUUAGUUUUAGUUCCCAUAAUAACUUCUGUUUAUUUUCUUUUAUCUAUUGUUUCUCUUUUUGAACUUUUGUUUGUAUUUAUCACUGUACUGCAUCUUCAAGACAAACCAGAGUGAGGUUACGUUCAACAUCUUUUUUUUCUCUUCUUCUUCUUCUUGCUAUUAUACUUCUAGAAGUGUUAUGGUGUUUUAAAUGUUUCGAGUGGCUCUCGGUCGACUAUUUUUCUCCCCUUCAUCUCACCACCUCUUCAGGGUUGCCCGUCUAAGGUGUUCUCGCUCGGUCUGCAUUCAUUUGGUAUUGAAAUGAGAUGGAUCUGUUUGCGUGGUUACACAGGGUCAUUUGCUGUGUUGCUUUGUGUCGAAAAUCCUAAAUGUAGCCGUGUACAUUUCGCACUCCAUUAAGGACACUCUAUAGAAGAAGAAAGGAAAACCUAUCUGAAUAACCUUGAUUCAAAGUUUGGGUAUGAAGUACACUAUUGCUCAUUUACAUUUGACAUAAGAAACUUUGUUUUUUCAUGCAAUGGAGGAAAAAAAAAAAUCUGUCAUGUGGUGAUAUGUACAAAUCAAUUGCCAAACUCAGUUUGGGACUGUUUUUUUUAUUACAAAGAAAGACAUUACAGAAGAGAAAAGGAAGAAAGAAACUUUGUAUAUGACUAUAUUUCUCGGAAGGGAACAAUUAUUUGUACCGAAUGCAAUGUGUUACAAGACUCUUGACUCUUUGUAGAUCUGAUGCUGUAUUUAUGAGGUGUGUGUGCUCCCUGAAGGGUUUUAAACAUGAUUUCACUGGCUUUGACAUGUAUGUAAAUACAAACCGAAAAUGAGAAAACACUGCCUUUCUAUGAUUUAGCAAUAUGAUGUAAAUAGCAUUGUUAGGCUUUUUGUUUUUUUGUUUUUUUGUAUGAAAGAACUCUUUGAUUCUAGUAUGGUGAUUGCAGCUGAAACUGUUACAAUUUUCUUUAAUACGUUUUGAAGGACACAUACAUUGUUGACGGGAUAGCAUUGUGGAUUUUGUUGUCAAUUUGUCAUACAGAACUUUCAUAAUUUAUUGGUUUAAUUUAUCAUAAUUUAUUUGGUGAUGGUGUAAUUUUGGUAUUUCUGGGGAUGUAUUGUAAUAUUAUUUGGUAGAAAGAGACCAUAUAAAUGCCCUCCUAAGCUCCUUAACUCUGUAGAGACAUAAAGAAACACAUAUGUCCAGGUAGCCAUUGUAAUUUCAGACACUGUAGUCAUGAGAGACGCUUGAUGGGGAAAAAAAAAGAAAAAAAAAAGAUGUACAAAACAACUUUUCUUCUAUCUUGUUUGGGCGGGAAUUUGUGUUUUGAAGUUUUUAUUUCUAAUUACUUAAACAGACUUUUACCUUUGCUUUUUACCACCUACACAAUACAGUAGUCAAAGUGCCUCGUGUGCCUUCCAUCUCCUCGGAACUGAAUGUAUGUGCAGUAUAUAUGCAAGCUUGUGCAAAAUAAAAACUAAGUCCUAGAUCAGG